AUGGUGGCUGGAAAAGCUGAACCUGCGAUGCCUGGACGGUUAUAUGUUCACCCCGACUCUCCGGCCACCGGAACCCAUUGGAUGCGACAACUGGUGUCUUUCCAGAAGCUAAAACUCACCAACAACCACCUGGAUCCCUUUGGACACAUUAUUCUUAAUUCCAUGCACAAAUACCAGCCCAGGUUGCACAUAGUGAAAGCGGAUGAAAACAACGCAUUUGGCUCAAAGAAUACAGCUUUUUGCACUCACGUGUUUCCAGAAACCUCCUUUAUAUCAGUGACAUCCUACCAAAAUCAUAAGAUCACCCAGCUGAAGAUAGAGAAUAACCCGUUUGCCAAAGGCUUCCGAGGGAGCGACGACACCGAUCUCCGCGUGGCAAGAUUACAAAGCAAAGAGUAUCCUGUGAUCUCGAAGACCAUCAUGAGGCAGAGGUUGGUGUCCGCACACGGUCAACUCUCCGGAAAAUCGGACCUCAGCCCACCUCACGGAAGCCACCAGUCCCUCCACCACUACCAGUACGAGAACGGCGCUCACAUGCAGUUUGCCGCCUCAGAUGCCCAGGAUCUGCCACUUAACACCUUCACGGGACAGAGGGAAUCUGGGCUCUUCUACCACUGUCUGAAACGGAGAGGAGACGGGGCCCGGCAUCUGGACUUACCCUGCAAACGUUCGUAUCUGGAACCGACCUCUUCCGCCGCAGAAGACCCCUACUUCCGGUCGCCUCCACCCUACGAACAACAGAUGUUGAGCCCCCCGUAUUGCGGCGAGGUGACCCCACGAGAAGCAUGCAUGUACUCCGGGUCUGAAAUUGCAGGCGUGUCAGGGGUGGAAGAUCUGCCGCCGCCGCCUCCUCCUCCUCCCCCACCUCCUCCCCCACCCCCUCCCCCUCUGAGCUGCAAUAUGUGGACCUCGGUGGCACCUUACACCAGCUACAGCGUUCAGACCAUGGAGACUGUCCCCUACCAGCCCUUCCCCGCUCACUUCACGGCCACCACCAUGAUGCCACGCCUCCCACCCAUAGCCGGUCAAGGAUCGCAGACACCGGGCAACAGCCCUUUCACCGUCUAUAAUCAGCUCUCCCAACCCCGCGAGAGGAUUCCCGGAUCGCCCUUCCCCAGAGAACGGAUGGGAGAGAGGAAGCUCCCGUCGCCCCACUUAAGUCCGGCCAACGAGUUUCUGUACUCCCAGACUUUCUCUUUGUCCAGGGAAUCCUCUUUACAGUAUCAUUCAGGAGUCAGCACAGUGGACAACUGGACCGACGGAUGA